AUGAGCGCACGCACAGGCGAUAAUCAUGGUUCUGGUGAUGAGAACCAGUCACAUGGCGUCCAGGAGGAGGUACUGCGCGGUGGGAGGCACAAGAUUACCAUUAGUCACGGCAACAACACAUUCUUGAAGUAUCAACUGCAGGAAUCUCACAUGUUUAAGGUCGUCAUAGACGGCGACGACGGUGGUGUUGAUAUGCGUAAGGUGCAUGGGCGCAUUGAAGUGGCUCUUCGCAUGCGAACGCGCUACAAGAAGGUAAACGAUCGUGUCGUGAUGCCGCAGAUGCAGCAACGUGUUACCAUUUCUCAAACAAAUGGGGUCUACCUGGUUUCUGAUCAUGAGGUUUCGCCCAUGUAUUCCCUUCAGCCGUGGGAAACCUUUGCGUCGGAUGUGCAGCAACUGCAACUGACUGUUGGCCACACCGCGUGCAUCAAGGCCUGCUCGCAUCGGCUUAACAUCAUGCAGGAGCGCUCUAGAAUGUUCUUCCUCCUCAAUGCCGACAUUGAGGAAAAGCACAAUUUUCGCAAGGCAGGAGGUGUCUUCUCCAAAGUUACCAAAGUGGAUAACUCAGUGUUGCUGUCACGCUCGACUGACGCGCAGGAACUUUUGGACUUCAUUGUUGAUUGGUACAGUCGCUAUCCCGAUGCACCGCUGCGACUUCGUAAUGGAACGAAUUCAACACUCCGGGAGUUGUUUCAGGCGCACGGCGUUGAGGAUCCGUCACAGCUGACGGUGGAGGGCCUGGGCUGGCAGCCGAGGCCUGGCAGUGCUGAGAAAGUUGACUUCUCACUUGACCACGAGCCGCUGAGCGCAGAGCUGCGUUACAGCUUUCUCCACUUACGGGGUUCCUGCGCACCGCGAUUUUUGCAAAAGAGGCUGCAGCGGGCGGAGCAACGUACACAAUACGUGCAGGCAACGGAAUACUCUAUUCCUCUGUACGCCACGUACUCUAACGAGCUCGCAGAUAUCGCCACCGUACUGCAUAAGUAUGGCAUCGGGCCCUGUGGACGCAACACAUGGAUUCUGCAGAUUCGCUUCAUGCAUAACCCACCGGCUGAGGUCAAUUACCCUGUGAACUGCAACACAAUCCAGGACCAGCUUGAUUACAUUUUCCUGCCUCUUUUCAAGGCAACACUGUCCCCAACAGGUCGCAAGUACUCUUCCCUCGCUUGGUUUCUGAAUCAGGUUGGGGGGUUCCAGAUUGAGACGCCAGUGAAUGCCUUGGAGGCAGACUUUGACGAUAAGGCGCCUAUUCCCCGUGAGAUAGCUUAUGGGACCAAGCCAAACGGUUUGUACUACUUCUACUACAUGUAUGCCAAUUUGACGGUCCUAAACAGUUUGCGGAAGCGCAAGGGACUAAACACAUUUCAGUUACGCUUUAGUGGUGGUCAUCGAACCAACCUGAACGAUCUGUUGGCUGGAUAUCUUCUUGGAGAUGUCAUUACACGCGCCACAAAAAUCAUGGAAUAUCCUGUCUUGCAGUACUUGUGUGGUUUGCAUGGUGUCGGUCUGACUGUGAGUCCUUUACAUGAUCACAUCCAAGGUGUUGUGCAGUACCAGAAGCACCCGCUUCCCAACUUUCUGCACCGUUGUCUCAAUGUGGCGAUAUCCACUGAAGCGCCGCUUCUUUUCCACCACGGUUCGAGUCCUUUAUUGGAGGAGUACGCAACAGCAAUGAAAAUGUUUCGUCUGAGUUUUCUUGAUGUUACGGAGCUCGCUCGGAACAGUGUGAUGAUAUCAUCCUUCUCUAAUGAGCGUAAAAAGGAAUGGCUGGGGGAGCAGUACAGUCGGGGCGUCGAAGGUAAUGCAUUUGAGUUGAGCCAAGUGACAAAUGUGCGUCUCGCAUUCCGUGAAGAAUCGUGGGAUUUGGAGCGCAGCAUGCUAAAGGAUUUGUACAUCAAUCGGAGCGCGCCACAAGAAAGUGCUGGGCUUGCCCGCUGGCACUACCUUAGUAACGUGAAGGAAGUGGAAUACAACACAGUGCUCGACAAGCGGAUCCGCUUUCCUCGCACAGUCCUUAAUGGGCCACACAAAGAGGUGAAGUCAGCCGUCAGCGCCGCGCCACGCAUUGCGCGGGCGCUUGACAUGCGCUUCAAGUACAUCUGGGAACCUCCUAAUCCAUGGGAGGUGACGCAGCACCGCACAGUAGAGGCAGACUUCCAGAGGAAGACAGGCAGCUUCAACGAGGACGACUGGACGUACACCGCGAAUGACGCCGUAUUCAUUUCCUUCCCGAAGAACGCAGUGCAUGCGUGGCCGAGGCAUCUGCCUACCUUAGAAACGUUCCGCAACGAUCUGAAAGAGCUACACCAAAUUUGCUUAAGCUCUGAGGUGAAAGACUUUGCACAUCAACGGCUGGAGAACCUUGAACACAAGUUCCGCCUCCAUCUGGCCUUGAACCACGCCAACGAGGCAGGAACGACAGAGGAUCGUGUCUCAUCGAACCGUGAUAUUUAUCAGGCGGUAAAGGUUGAUACGCACAUUCAUAUGGCAGCCGGUAUGACAGGACGGCAACUGCUGAGCUUUAUGGUAAAAAAGCUCAUGUACAGCGGUGACGACAUUGCGCUUAAGAAGGGAGAUGUGAUUCAUACUCUAGGGGAUUUCUUCAAAAAGAAUGGCAUCACAAAAAAUUUGACAGUUGAUCAAUUGAACGUACAAGCGGAUCAUACCUUAUUUGAGCGAUUUGACAACUUCAAUAACAAGUACAAUCCAAUGGAGAACCCAGGUUUGCGUUCUUUACUGUUGAAGACGGAUAACUUUAUGAAAGGUCGUUACUUUGCUGAGUUAAUUCAUGAUGUAUUUGAGCAGUACUCUAGGGACCGUCACACAUACGCUGAAAACCGUGUGUCUAUUUAUGGUAUCAAUCUCAAUGAGUGGGACAACCUUGCAGUUUGGUUCGCCACACACGGUAUGUCAUCAAAGCACAACAAGUGGGUUAUUCAGGUCCCACGUGUGUACAAGGUUUUCCGCGCACAGAAUGUCAUUGGGAGCUUUGGGCAGUACCUGCAGAACAUUUUCCAACCCCUCUGGGAAGCAUCUCUGCACCCCUCCGAGCAUCCACUUGUCCAUUACUUCUUAAACCACAUGAGUGGCUUCGAUUCUGUUGACAAUGAGGCGACACUAGACCUGCCGUUUGUGCCAGUCUCGCCAUGGGCGUGGACGUCUGUUGAGAAUCCGCCGUACAACUACUAUUUAUACUAUUUGUAUGCGAACAUUCGCACACUCAACGAGUUUAGGGCGUCGCGAGGAUUCUCAACGUUUGCAUUGCGUCCUCAUUGUGGCGAGUCCGGUUCGGCCGAGCACCUCUACGGUGCAUUCCUCUGUGCCAACAGCAUUUGUCACGGCAUAAACCUCCGCAACGAUCCUCCGAUGCAGUAUCUGUAUUACCUCUCUCAAAUUGGCUUGCACGUCUCACCGCUAAGCAACAAUGCACUAUUUCUGCGCUUUCUCAACAAUCCAUUUCCGGAGUUCUUCCGCCGUGGGCUUAACGUCUCACUGAGCACAGACGACCCGCUAAUGUUUCACCAGACGCAGGAGCCGUUGAUUGAAGAGUACAGUAUUGCGGCGCGUGUGUGGGGUCUCUCCCCAAAUGAUCUCUGCGAGAUCGCACGUAACUCUGUGCUGCACUGUGGGUUUGAUCACAUGUUCAAGCGCGAGGCGAUUGGUGGUCAUUGGUACAUGAGCUCCUCCCUCGGGAAUGAUCCGCUGCGCACGCAUCUCUCCGACAUCCGUGUAGCUUUCCGAUUCGAGACAUACCACACAGAGAUGCAGAACCUUGAGUUGUGCUCUGGCCGUCCCAUCAAGCGCUGCAUGCUCACGACUGAUCAGGAGGAGGAUAUCCACGAGAAGAACCUGGACGUGGGCACCGAGGAGGUGAUCCUGUCAACGCACGACCAGGCGAUGGAAGUGAUGCUGCGGGAAAUUGAGACGAAGCGAGAACAGCUCCGCGUGUCGCGGGUGCAGGUGGAUGCCCUACGUAGGCAGCAGAAGUCGCUGGUGGACAAUCUGACGGAGGUCGGCAUCCGCCGGCAAGAGGCGCAGGAGCAGGCGGAGCGUGCCAACUGUAACGAGACGUUGCGCUACGAGCGCCAUCUCCCCAAGCCGCCCGAUGCAGCGUUUGUGACGUCGGAGCGGCAGACGGUGCAGCGGCUCUUGCGGUGGCGCCCGAUGCCGGCACAGGUGCUGCACCACGUGACGGAGUCACGCGUGCCGCUGCGCGCGUCGCGCACACUUCCCAGUUUGGCGCUUCCCACCAACAGCUUGUGGAACACAAUGUAA